AUUUUUAUAACAUUACUCGUGGGCCAUACAAAAUUAUUAACUUAAAAAUUAGCCUGCUGUAGAUUCACUGAAUUUCUAGUCCCACCAACAGUUACUUUGGCAGGGUCAGACCAAGUGAUUUUGUGGACCUUAAAUGGCCCAUGGGCCAGAUGGUCACCAACUAUACCCUAGUGCCAUAUGACGAAUGCCAUUCUAGAAUGAGAAUUGAAAUGAGGUUUUCAUGCCUAAAAGGAAAGGAAACCUGAGUCUGAGUCCUAGAUAAUGAACAGGAACUGUCAGUGAAUUACAAGUUUGUUACCACAGUGCAGUUUAGUUCUGCCUUCUGCUAAUUAAUAUGCACAGCUGCUGUGUUGAAGAGCUGUAACUGAUUUAUUAAUAACUGCCUAGUGGAGAAGCUGGGGACCUCACACCCUGGGGAGCUUCUGGUUCUACCACUACUAGUGAUAAAUAUAUUAACAGAGAAAGUCCCUAAAAUCUCAGUAUAUGUAACCCAAAAACGGCAAGUCCAGCACAGUUUAUGGAAGAAGGUAUAUUUUACCUGUAUUUGUGCUCUGAACAUGCCACAGUGAGUGAGCUUGUAAAUAUGCUCUAUUUAAUUAAUGUUUUGAUUUUCUGCUCCAACUGCUGGUGAAAAAAUAUAACCAUGAGAUUGUUAAGGGCUAGUUAGGUAACAGGAAGCAAGGGUUAGAAACUAAAUGUCUAUGCUCUGAGGUUUUGUUUUGUUUUGUUUUGUUUUUAAAGAUUUAUUUAUUUUGCUUGAAAGUCAGAGUUAAACAGAGAGAAGGGGGAGGGUAUUCCAUCUGCUGGUUCGCUCCCCAAUUGGCCGCAACAGCCAGAGCUAUGCCAAUUCAAAGCCAGCAGCCAGGAGCCUCUUUUGGGUCUCCCACACGGGUUCAGGGACCCAAAGGCUUGGGCCAUCCUCCACUGCUUUCCCAGGCCAUAGCAGAGAGCUGGAUAGGAAGUGGAUCAGCCAGGUCUCAAACUGGGGCCCAUAUGGGAUGCUGGCACUGCAGGCAGAGGCUUUACCCGCUAUGCCACCGUGCCAGCCCUGAGGUUUUCUUAAGGUUUCUAAAGUAUAGUGUUGCCUGAUCCUAAUUGAUUUUUAUAUAAAUUAUUGAGGAGAUAUAGUACAUAAUUGAAAACUGAGUUUGCAUAUAACCCUAAAGACCUUUAGAAAAUGUCAAAAGUCAGCAAAUAUUAAUGGAACACUAACAUGGGGGUAAGCAUUAAGAGCUAGUAGCCAAAACUGGUAAAUUCUUUCCAUCAAAAAACUUAGGUUGUAGUGGAGGAAAAAUAGACAAUAAGGACAUAAAUAAUAUAAUUUAAAAAUUUGGCCGGCGCUGCGGCUCAAUAGGCUAAUCCUCCGCCUGCAGCGCCGGCACACUGGGUUCUAGUCCCAGUUGGGGUGCCGGAUUCUGUCCCGGUUGCCCCUCUUCCAGGCCAGCUCUCUGCUGUGACCAGGGAGUACAGUGGAGGAUGGCCCAAGUGCUUGGGCCCUACAACCCAUGGGAGACCAGGAGAAGCACCUGGCUCCUGCCUUCGGAUUAGCGCGGUGCACCGGCCGCAGCGUGCCGGCUGCGGCGGCCAUUGGAGGGUGAACCAACGGCAAAGGAAGACCUUUCUCUCUGUCUCUCUCUCUCACUGUCCACUGCCUGUCAAAAAACAAUUAAUAUAUGCCAUAUAGAAAAUAUAACCAGGUAAUCUGAGAGAGACUAUCCCUGCUUUGUCAGUGUAGUAAAGCUUUUCUGAAAAGGAGACAGUUUCCUGUGAAAUUGGGAAAACUCUUAAGGUUUGUGAGCUUUCUGUUCCAAAGUAUUGUGUCAGCCCUCAGCUUUACAACAUUAUUUGUGCACAUACAGGUAUAUACACCUGUCACUCUUUAAUUCCUUUUACUUCUGCAUGUUGUAGGCUAAGGCCCUAGAGAAUGUACUGAAUUGCUCUUCUGGCUCCCUCUCAUAGAUGAUUCUUCAUAAGCAAAUUUGCAUCUGAAGAUCUGACACAGUAGAAAUGGUUAUAGAAUCUGGUCCUCAGGUUCCUACCAAGCAGGUCAACAGAGGAAUGGCAAGUAGGAUUACAAGCUUUAGAUUCUGCCUCGACAAUUUUUCUUCUUAGGAAGCUGUACUGUUUCUCUCCUGUAGGCAGCUGCUAGGGCUGGAAGGACACUCUGACUCUUCUUUUCCAUGGUUUGCUUUCUGGAGGAGGCUUCUUAGAGAUUUGGGCUCAGCAUCUUCAAGGAUGCUAUUUGGACCCAAUUGUAUUUCGAUCUCUAGGUUUCAGCACCAAUACAGGACCAGGAAGUGGAAGUGGAGGAGAUGACAGCUCUUGGUACAGCAGAGGAAUCUCAUAUCUCACCCUGCAGUGGGGGCUUAUCCUCUGGAGCCCACCUGCAGCCUCAUGACCCAGGGGCACACCACCACCCAACCACAAUAGGCACUUGGUACUCAUCUCCCGAACCGUGGCCUCAAAUCAUGCUUCCCUUAUCUACUCAGGAGUCUCCUUCAUCUGUCCAUCUCCCACCUAUUGGAAUCCCUCUUGCCCUGCCAUCUGUUUGUCUUCCCUAGUGAUUUUUGUCUGUUCCUUCUUCAGUCAUGUAGUUAGCAAUUUUCUGUCAAGUCCAUGUCAUGGGAAAUGCAUUGCUGGGGACCGAAGAAAUACAGUAUACUCUCACUGCUUUCAAAGAGCUUGUUAUCUUGUGGUAGGGAAUUAUUCAUACAUGUAAGAGGCCAUCUCACAGGAUACAUAUGAGUGACAUCUGUCCUCAGGGAUAUGACCCCAUCACAUGUGAGCAAUGUGGGUGUUGUAAAAGAUGAUCACUGGGUAAAAAGCAAGAUCUCUGUGUGCUGCAGCAGGAAGGAGGUGCUUCAUGGAGGAAGUAGCUGUGGGUGUUCAAUGAAAAAUGACAGAGGAUUCUGAAGGAGCUAGAAAAGUGAAAAGUGUGCCAUUUGCGAGGAUAUAAGCAAAAACUUCAUAUUGGGGUUUUCUUGAGCCCCUCCUAAGGUAGGCUCUGGAAGGGUUCUAUUUGUGCAGGGCCUUUGAGGUUGAAGCCAGGAAGACGUUGGUGAUCGGAGAGUGAUAUGUUAGUAUGUAAGGAAGUUCACUCUGGUGAGCAUUAUGGAUAGAAGAGGCUGUGGUAGUAGAAAGAUGAGAGGUAGUUGCUGGCUGAAUGGAAAAGUGUAGAUGUGAAAAACACUAUGAUGGAAGGGUCCAUAGGACUUGGGUUCCCAACAAAAGGAAGUGGGGUGGGUAUUUGGCUUACCAGAUAAAAUGCCUCUUUCCAGCAACACAGUCCUUGGAUUUGAUCCCCAGCUCUGACUCCUGACUCCAGCUUCCCACUAACGCAGCCUCUUGGAGACCCCAGUGAUGGCUUAAGUAAUUGGUCUACAUGUAAGACCUGAAUUAAGUACCUGGUCCCUCCCAGCUUCAGCCUGGCCUAGCCCCAGCCCUUCUUUUCUCUCUCUCUCUCUCCCUCAAAUAAAUAAAUAAAUAAAUAAAUGGAGAGGAGGAAGAAUGAAGAGUUUGGGUGUAUGAUAAAGUCAUUUGACAGAAUUUUGCAAAUCAGUAAAGGAACAGAAAAAAAUGAAAUGUCUCAUAGGCAACCAAAAGUGUGUGAUAGGUGUGUCGUGUGGAGGGGAGAAGUGAGAACUAUGAGAGAAGUGAGAAAGUCAGUGAGAUCAUUGACAGAAGGAAGCACCAGGGACUGGACUUCUAAGAGUGUCCAUAGUGAGGACAGGAGCAGGAAGAAAGAUGAGCUGUGAGGUGGAAAACAGGCUUGUGGUAGUUGCUGGGGAGGCCAUGGGGAGAGAAUGUGGUCAGAAGUGCAGUUUGCUUCAGAGAGGCUGAAGAGAAUGAGCGCUGGGAGGAAGACUUUCUACUGAGCCCUCCAGGGAAAAUUCACAGCACUCUUGGGAUUAUACCUUCUGGAAGAAGGAGAAGAGUCAGUGUGUGUGGAGCUCCCUGGGGUCUGUUGACUAAACUCAGUGGGAAUAUAGAUCUUACCGCGGUGAGGGUGGGGCUUCUCCUGAUCACAGCCUUCUUCCCUCUCUCAGUUCAGCUUGCUUCCCCAAGCAGGGAACUCAGGAGACCAAGCAGUGGCCACUGUGCUUUAGAUGGUCAGGCCCCAGGCCUGCGUGGCUCUGUUUUCCCAAGUUCCUAUGUUGUAGUCCAAGAAUGGCUAGAGCUCACCCCCAGGGCCCUUCCCCUCUGAGACAGCACCUGUGGGUCUCCUGACUGCUUUCCCUGGAGCUGGGUUCCUACUUGUAGUUAGUGGACUCUGCUGCCCUGGACUUGUCCUAUGGGAUGGAUCAUCCUAGCUCCCUUUCCCCACCGUUUGGCCCACCAAGAGUUUGAACGCUCUGUAUCUCUGAUGCCUCUGCUCUUACACUGGGGAUGUUCCCACGCAAUAGAAGCUUGUCAUCCCAGGAGACUGCAGUGUCUGAGGACCUGUCUGUGGACUCCAGUCAGGAGAACUGGAGAGGUCCAGCCCUCAGUCAGAGGGCCCCGCACCAGAACAUGAAGCCAGAAAAUCGCCAUGACACGGCCUUGCUGUGUAGGAACGUGGAAGAGAGUUCAGAACUGACUCCAGAGCAGGACCUAUCUAAAGGAUUGGAGUCAUCUGAUAGGAUGUCAGGGGGACUGUUUGGGGUAGUUCCUGGGGGAUCAGAACCUGGAGCUGUCUGUGGAGAUACUUUAGAGAAGCUAGAAGGGCAGCCUUCAAGUGAAGAAGGGAGCAGACUGCAAAGUGACUUCUUCAAAAUAAGACACAAAGAUAAGGAAAAAUCCACAAAAGAUACAUGUGAGGAUUAUAAGGAAGCAGAGGAACAUCAAGGAGGCCUGAAGGGACAGAAGUUCUACCAGUGUAAUGAAUGUGGCAAAUUCUUUAGUUGGCGUUCCCACCUCAUUGGCCACCAGAGAAUCCACUCGGGAGAGAAACCCUAUGCGUGUAGUGAGUGUGGGAAGACCUUCAGGCAGAGCUCUCAGCUCAUUGUUCACCUCAGAACCCACACAGGGGAAAAACCCUAUGAAUGCCGGGAGUGCGGGAAGACCUAUCGGCACAGCUCCCAUCUCAUUCAGCACCAGAGACUCCACAAUGGGGAGAAACCUUAUAAAUGUAGUGAAUGUGCAAAAGCCUUUAAUCAGAGUUCCAAACUCUUGGAUCAUCAGAGGACCCAUACCGGAGAGAAACCUUAUGAAUGCAAGGAGUGUGGAGCAGCUUUUGGUCGUGGUAAAAAUCUUGUGCGACACCAAGUCCUUCACACUGGUAAGAAACCUUACAAGUGUAAUGAGUGUGGGAAGGCUUUUUGUUCCAGCAGAAAUCUUACUGACCAUCAAAGAAUCCACACCGGGGAGAAGCCUUAUCAGUGUAAUGAGUGUGGCAAGGCCUUCAGUCGGAGCAAAUGUCUCAUUCGUCACCAGAGCCUCCAUGCUGGGGAUCGACCAUACACAUGUAGUGAAUGUGGCAAAGCCUUCAGUCAGAUCUCUCAGCCUGUUGUCCAUGAGUGAAUGCAUACUGGAGAAAAACCUUUUGAGGCUGGCGCCUGUGGGAAGGCAUUCAAUCUGAGUAAAUGCCUUAUUCGGCACCAGAGACUUCACUCAGGUGAAAAGCCCUAUAAAUGCAGGGAGUGUGGAAAAUCCUUCAAUUAGAACUCUCACCUCAUCAUACACCAGAGAAUUCACACUGGUGAGAAGCCCUAUGAAUGUAAGGAGUGUGGGAAGGUCUUCAGUUAUAGCUCCAGCCUUAUUGUACAUCAGAGAACUCAUACCGGGGAAAAGCCUUAUAAGUGCAAUGAUUGUGGGAAAGCAUUUAGUGACAACUCACAGUUUAUUGUACACCAGAGAGUUCACACUGGAGAGAAACCCUAUGAAUGUAUUGAGUGUGGGAAAGCCUUCAGUCAGCGUUCCACCUUUAAUUAUCACCAGCGAACUCACACUGGAGAGAAACUCUCAGGUCUGGCUCAGUCUCUUCUUAAGGUCUGGUUCUCUGCCAAGUACAAGGAACUUUAUGAUGUUUUUCUAGGAAGAAGGAUGCUCACUGCCGUCUUCUCCUGGAAGUACUAAUCAAAGCUUGGCCUUCCCUAGCUGCUUUCCACUGGGUCACUCACUUGGGAGCUGGGAGUAUCAUGGUGCAAUCUUUCACUAGUAUUGGGAAAGUAGGGACUACAUGUUUCACUUGAAGAUUUCCCUUUUCCUAUAUUUUAAAAUGUUAACUAUUUUUAUAUAUCUCAUUUAAAAAUUUUCUUACUCAUUUGAGAAAGAGCUCCUGUCUGCUCUUUUGCUUCCCAUGUACCUGUAAUAGCUGGCGUGGUUGGUGAAACAGUGUCCCAUAUGGGGACGCAGAGAUCCAACUUCUUGAGCCAUCUUUGCUACCUCCAGGGGUCAGUACUGCUAGGAAACUGGAAACGGGAACCAGAACUGGGACUGGAACCUAGGCACUCUCUUGUGGACUUGGAUGUCCUAACCCAUAUUUUAAUUUCCAGGCCUAACACCCACCUUCUGUCUCUUUCCAACUAUGCAUCCUGUAAUCAGACUGUGCGCUUACCAGAUACAGAGAUAUCUUCUCUAUUCCAUGGGAUUACCUUCAUUUCACUAUUUACAUAAAAGUAUUCUGUAAGACCCUAAUUCUUUCCUGCCUGUUUAAUAUGGUCCUCCACAUCUACUUUUUUCAACCUAUAACUCGUAGCUUCUCAUCACUGUGUUCUCUCCCUGAAAACCUUUACUUCUGUUUCGUAAUACAUGUUCCUUCAGUUCCUUCAAGAUCUAUCUUAUCACUUAGACUUUCUUCUUCAAAUGUUUUUUUUUUUUUUUUUGACAGGUAGAGUUAGAGAGAGAGACAGAGAAAGGUCUUCCUUCCGUUGGUUCACUCUCCAAAUGGCCACUUCGGCUGGCACUGUGCCCAUCCAAAGCCAGGAGCCAGGUGCUUCUUCCUGGUCUCCCAUGCGGGUGUAGGGGCCCAGGCACUUGGGCCAUCCUCCACUGCCCUCCUGGGCCACAGCAGAGAGCUGGACUGGAAGAGGAGCAACCGGGACUAGAACCCAAUGUCCAUGUGGGAUGCUGGCAUUGCAGGAGGAGGAUUAAUUAACGAAGUGAGCCACAGGGCUGGCCCCUUCAAAUGUUUCUUUAUUCCCCUUAAGCUUCCAUUAAUUUGACCUGAAUGGUUUAAAUUAUCUGGUGCUACAAUGUUGCAACUAUUAUUGAAUUGCCUUGUACACUGUUCUUAACAUAAUGUAUAUACUUUCAUUGACUUCUUGAUGUUGUGUAUGUAUCUCAGCAUACAGGUAACAGUUUAUAUAUACUAAAUAAUUUUUGAACCUCAACCCUUAAAUGGAAUCAUUCUUAAAGUAUGCACAAUCUCCUCCCCCAAUCAGAACAUAAGCUUCUAAAGAUGGCAGUGCAUCUUAUCAUAAGACAUCACAUACAAAUACGCCAUUGUGUUCUACGUGUACUCCUGAAGUCUUUCUACAAGUACUGUCUUUAAAAAGCUAGUAUGUGUGUGUGUGUGUGUGUGUACAUGUAUAUGUACAUCUCUCAGCUGGGGUGGGCAAUUGUCCCAAUGAUAGAAGGGGCCUACAAAAAGUAUGAAAAAUGUGUAUUUUGAAAAAACUCUGCAUAGAUUACCAAUUUUCAUUGCACCAAAAUAAACUCAGAUUAGUUACACAGCAUGUGUGAGCAGGAUCUAGUUUGAAGCACUAAGCCAUAUAAGAUGUUAGUUCAAGAAGAAACUAUCAAAGCAACAUGAAUCCUGCUAAAAUGGAACAAGAACAUCCAAUUUAUGGUGAAGCUUGGGUGGAAGAAUGCUUUAUGACAAGUUUGUGGUGGCAGUGCCUCAGAGAAAUCAGACAUUUACAAAUGGGUAAUUUGAAGAAUGGAGAUGAUGUUUAAGAAGAAGCCCAACAUGGCAGACCACCCAGAUCAGUCUGCAAGGCAAAAAACUUGAGCAUGUCUUAACUGACCAGGACUGAUGACUAGUAGCAGAAACAAAAGGCAGAUACUGGUGCAGCUUACACAGUUCUGACAGAAAUUGAAGUGGAGCAGACCUUCUGCUGGAUGGGUGCUAAAACUAUUGCAUUCAGAUCAGCUGCAGACAAAAUUAAAACUUUCAAUGGAAAACAAAUGGGAUCAAGAUCCUGAAGAGUUUCUUCUAAAAAAUGUAUCAGGAGAUGAAACAUGGCCUUACCAGUAGGAUCCUGAAGACAAAGCAUAAUCAAAGGUUCCCAAGACGUGGAAGACAUCCAGUGAUAGCAAAAGUGCACUGGUUAAGAGCAGAGGUCAUGGCAGCACCAUUGGGGACAUUCAAGGCAUUCUUUCUAUUGACUUCUGGAGGGCCAAAGAACAUCAUCUGCUCACUAGAGCGUUUUGAUAAAGUUAGCCAAAGCUUUAUGAAACCGUGAUGGAACUCCCUCCUGCUCACUCCCCUUACCAAACAAGGGCAGUUUCCUGAGAGUUUCUAUGGGAAAUCAUUAGACAUCCAUCUUACUGUCCUGACUUGGCUCCUUUGGCUUGUUUUUAUUUCCUAAUCUGGAAAAAAAAUCCGAGUUCUUUAGUUAUCACUUAGAAAAGCGUCGUGAACUGGAUGGAGCUUAUGUUGAGAAGUAAGGUUUAUAGUCUUUAAACUCCAUUUUUCACUAGCUUGUUGACAUCCCCUCGUAUAUGGAAGAAAAGUUUCCUUAACCAUGUAGAAAAUAAGGAAGACAGGAACAUGCCUGCAUAAUUGUUUAUUUU